GUUAGCUACUUUCAUGGAUAUUCAGUCCUCUCCUGGAGAAGCUGUCAGGUAGUGAGAUCUCAAACUGGAAUUUAAUUGGCUUAUGGUUCCUGAUCCUAUUAGGAAUAUUUGAAGUACUCUGUUUAUUAAUCUUCUUGAAGUUCUUACAGGAAAUCUUUCAGUGGAUAAAUGGAGAGAAGAUUUAGGACAUAUGCAAAAGCUUCAUCCUUGGUCCAGAUACCUCAAAAGGCCCUUCCUUACAAGACCCAAUCAGUGCUAAUACCAUGCCCACCACAUAGGAUUGCACUGUUAUCAAAACAAGACCACCAGUCCCAGGCUGAGAAGAUGGUCUGCCUCAGACAUCAAUUCUCCCCACACAGGUCCUCCCCUGUAUGCCAUAAGACUGAGCCCCUAAAGAACCACAAUGACAAGAUCAAGAAUAAAUAUGAGCUGCCGACACCACCACACCCUGAUCAUCAUGGAAUUCACAUUAUUACAGCAGAGCUGAAAUGUAAGACCACAGCUUCAGUAGACUUAUUCCAGUGGGGAGAGGAGUUAACGAGCCCCAAACAAAAGUUCUCCCCAACUGUUGUGCCAAGAGGUCAGGCUGAGGCCAAACAUGGUCCUCAUUACAAGGUCAAACAUAACUUGGGUUCUAAACAGCAGACCAAAGCCAAACUUCCUCCCCAGCACCAUCCUAAAAAUCAAGCCACAUUUCUUCCCUUCAUUUGCCAACCUGGCAGGACUCCACCACACUAUCAAUCCCCAACUAAGUAUCUAUUGAUAAAUAUACACACUGGUCCAGAUUGGCAACCUACCCCUGCUACAACAAGGCAGAUGAAUAUACGCUCUGACCCAGACUACCAAGAUACACCUGUUACACCAAGGCCAAUGAAUACAGGCCCAAACUACCAACCUACACCUGCUACAAUAAGGCUGAUGAAAACACGCCCUGGCCCAGAUUACCAAACUACAUCUGCUACACCAAGGCCAAUGAAUACGGGCCCUGGCCCAAACUACCAACCUACAUCUGCUCCACCAAUGAAUACAGGCCCUGGCCCAGACUACCAACCUACAUCUGCUAUACCAAUAAAUACAGGCCCAGACUACCAACCUACAUCCGCUCCACCAAUGAAUACAGGCCUGGACUACCAACCUACAUCUGCUCCACCAAUGAAUACAGGCCCAGACUACGAACCUAUAUCUGCUCCACCAAUGAAUACAGGCCCUGGCCCAGACUACCAACCUAUAUCUGCUCCACCAAUGAAUACAGGCCCUGACCCUGACUACCAACCUAUAUCUGCUCCACCAAUGAAUACAGGCCCUGGCCCAGACUACCAACUUACACCUGCUAUACCAAUGAAUACAGGCCCAGACUACCAACCUAUAUCUGCUCCAGCAAUGAAUACAGGCCCUGGCCCAGACUACCAACCUACACCUGCUAUACCAAUGAAUACAGGCCCAGACUACCAACCUACAUCUGUUCCACCAAUGAAUACAGGCCCUGGCCCAGACUACCAACCUAUAUCUGCUCCACCAAUGAAUACAGGCCCUGGCCCAGACUACCAACCUACAUCUGUUCCACCAAUGAAUACAGGCCCUGGCCCAGACUACCAACCUACACCCGCUAUACCAAUGAAUACAGGCCCAGACUACCAACCUAUAUCUGUUCUACCAAUGAAUACAGGCCCUGGCCCAGACUACCAACCUAUAUCUGCUCCACCAAUGAAUACAGGCCCUGGCCCAGACUACCAACUUACACCUGCUAUACCAAUGAAUACAGGCCCAGACUACCAACCUACACCUGCUAUACCAAUGAAUACAGGCCCAGACUACCAACCUAUGUCUGCUACACCAAGGCUGAUGAAUACACGUUCUGGCCUGGACUACGAAACUAUAUCUGCUACAACAAGGCUAAUGAAUACAGGCCCAGACUACCAAACAACCCCUGCUACACCAAGGCCACUGAAUAUACACCCUGGCCCAGAUUGCCAAACUAUACCAACAAUACUAAGGUAUGAGCACCACUCAAAGGCUCCACCAGAUCCUGAUGCCCAAGACAUUCCUCCCCCUGGAAUAUACCACCAAGCCCAAAUGCCACUGGACAAGGAGGACUAUGGCAUACUCCUAAGACUUCUGAGCAAUCAGGUAAAAGACCCAACAAGCCAGUACUACCAAAAGAUGAAUCCUCCUAGUCCCAUACAACACACUGAGACUCCAACAAGUGAUUACAAUCAAGCUGAGGAUACACCCAGCUCUGACCAGCCAGACGAGGCUCAACCUGGGAAUCAACACCAGACCCAGACUGAGCAGAAUAGAGACACCCCCAGGUGUUUAAAUGACAUCAAGCCUUUCACCAUUGAGGGAUUAAUAACUCUUAGUACACAAGUUGUUGAUAAAAUCAUCAGCUCUAUCCCCGAGGAGAAAAUAAAGAGAGAUAUCUAUAAUCAGGUUCGCCUGUGGCAAAUGAGGGGCUGUCCCAGGCCUACUCAUUGGCCUGAAAGAUAUAUGUCUGCUAGUUAUACAAUCUGUUUAAUUUGUGCCUCAUGGAUACCAAAUGGUUGUCCCCAUGUUCAUGGAAUGAAAUGUUCUUCUCUGGCACAAUUGCUGGCUGUACCAACACCUUUACCUGAUUCAGAGAAGAUGAAUAUGAGAUUUUACCUUAAAGUGCCCCAGCAAAAGCCAAAUACUAUUUCUACUGUCACAGACUACCCUUCCUCUAAAGCCAUGCCCUCAAGCCCUUCACCAGACUUUCCAUCAUGUCGCAAAGCAGACUCUGUUCCCCUGGUGCUUCCGAAACUCACCUGGCUGGACUUCAUACUUGCAAGACAUUACCAACAGAAGGAAGAAAAAUCUUGUCCAGGCCAAAAGCCACCUGAAUUACCCCUGACGAGCAAGACGAACAUAGAAGAAAAAAUGCCAAUGAGAAAAGGGACACAAUUCAAGUCUCUCUUAGAGAAAUUUCAAAGUAGGAGGAAACUAAAUUAAAAUGUUUAUUUUUGGUAGUAAUUGAAUCCUUGGGUCUUUCAAGCUUGUGUCUGAGCUUGUGUCCCACUUGUUAUUUUAAGUAGUUAGGGAG